AUGGUGUGGGAUGAAGUUUUGAAUUGGAAAUUUGGAACUUACCCGAUUGAGACAAUUGGAGUGUUGAAAACAUCACAAAACAAGAUGUUUGCAGCUUUACAGUAUCACUCGACAGACUACUUAUAUGAGAGCAUGGCAAGGCAGAAGUUUUCCAUCUGGAGAUUAUCACUUUGCUUUCCUCCCUGUUUAUAUCAAGAUGAAAAGUAUCAUCUCACAGGACUCUUCACUGAUGAUAAGUAUAGGAAGCCAUGGACUAGAGUUACUUCAACACAGAACGUGAUCACUAUUUCAGUGUUGGAUCAAUGGAAGAAAAGCUUACCUGUGGAGGAUUUCCUGGAAAAGAAACCUAUCUCCUCUGUAGAGCUCCAGAUUAGUAAUGAAUUAAUGGAAGUUAUUCCAAGUUCAAAUCCCUGCUCUCAGACUGAUAUAGAAGAAACCUUUUUACUUAUGAAUAAAGUUUUUAAGGAAGAAUCCACCCAAGAAAAAUAUUUGAAGAUUUACUAUGUCACUGAAUUUAAAGAACCAUGGCAAGAUUUAUAUUUGGAAGAGGAAUUUACUUUUAUUGAUAAUCUUGAAAAUUUUCGUAAAAACCUGCCAACUUUAUCUAUACUUCUGAGCAGACUACAGUUUUUUUUAGUGAAAGAUCCCCUUUUAGAUUCUGAAGGACAGAUUUUAACAGAAGAGAACAUUUUCAGAGAAUGUUUGAUUUUCCAAAAUGAAAUGAAGAUGGAAGAGAGUAAAAAUGAGUUGCAGGAGAUUAAAGAGAACUUCUGUACUAUACCUAUAAAAGAGGAAGAGUAUUUCAUGUUGCCUCUUGAGUUAGAAUUCAGCAAACCUGGCAAUGGCAGAUCUGAUUCUGCUAAGAUUCCAUCAUACUUGGAAUUGAACGAGUUGUUAAAUGUAGCCUCAGACACUAUGGCUGAUGAAGACCUGUGCAAAGAAGUGAUCAAAGAACAUCUCAAAGCAGAAAUUACAUACAACAUAGAAAUUUCCAAGUACUGCCCCAUUCCACAAGAGGCUUGCUCCAGUAAUAGCACAAGUAUGCUGGAAUUCUGUGAGUCAGCUGAAUAUAUUCCAUAUUUGAAAGAUGAAAUGGAAGUGCCUUUAACUCCUCCAUGCAGACAACAAAGUUCAUGGGUUAAUUUUCUGUGCAGAGGACUUCAGGAAGAACUUCUUCCUCUCUCUGGUAGCAGUAUUUUGGUUGCAGGGCCCUCUAGGGAAUACUUAGACUCUUUGGUAUGGCAAUCAGAGAAGUAUCGGGAUAAUAUGAGCUCUCUUUUGCUUGUCGUUCAUUUUUUUUCAGAGCAUCAGACUGUUAACCUUGUGCCUCAGCAUCAUUCACUGACAGAACUGCAAGAAAUGCUACCAGUUGAGAUAGAAGCACCAAUGCUUAGCUCUCUAGAGAAGGGCUGGUGGCUUAAUUUGGGUUUAAAUCCAGCAGCCACAGAAAUUUUGGAGCAAUUAAAUAUGGAUGACAGUAAUGCAAACAGUUUAAUUCCUACAGAAAUAGAAAAAUUCACACAAUUUACAUCAUAUCAGUUAGAAAAAUGGCUUGAAGAGAAUUCUGUGAUAAACCAAGAGCUGCUUUCUGCUGAAAGACACCAGCCGGACAAAGUAGUAAAUCCUGACUUGUCACUGCAGACUCAAAGGCAGUAUUUUGCCCUGCCUAUGAGUGCUGUGUCAUCUGCCAAAAUUCACAACACAAAUACAUCUGGGGGAGAGCUUACUGGAGGAAACAACAGGAAGAUUAAGGUAGAAGAGGAAAUUUGUUUCCUAAACCAAGAAAAGAAAACUCCCAAACCAUCCGAAUCAGUCAGCUGGAAAGGUGUAUCUUCUAAAGUACACAGCUCAUCCUGUAGUGAAAAGCCUGCAUCACUUGCACUUGCUACAAAAUGGGACAAUGAUGAUUCUGAUCUGAACAACUUUAUCAUGAUGAGAUCCAAACAUACACUCAGCCAAAGAGAGGAAAAAAAUUAUGUAGAUAGACCUGAAAAAGUGCUACAACCCGAAGAACAGCAUACGCAUGUUCACAAAGAGGAUGACUCUGUUUGUGAGAUUGUAAAAACAGAGGAAAAAACCCAAGAGAAUGAAGACGGUAUCACAGUCAAUAUUCAAGCAUCAGAAAGCCAAUGCCAGGCAUACUGCCUCUUGGAAGAAGCAGCCAUUCCUGUACUAAAAGAUUUGACGCAUCUGGGUGUACUUGCUUCUGUAAAUUGGAGCUUUGACAGUGUUAAGUUUGAUCAUACAAGGUUUUUCUUAAAACAGCAAGAGAAAGUAGUAUGCGAUAAUUUUGAACAAGGUAAAAUAGAUGAGAAGGAGAUCAUGCUGUUCAGACAUGCUGCUCUGGUACACCUGCUGGUGACAGUUCGAGAUCUGCUAUUGUCAUGUGGCUUGGACACAGCACUAGGUUAUUUGUCCAAGGCAAAGGAUAUCUAUAAAAACAUCUUAGAAUCCUGUUUGAAUAACAUCUGGAGGCAGUUGAAGAUCGUACAGUACAGCAGCCAGAAAAAGCAUGAAACAAAUCCCAAAAUAACAGCUCUUCAGUGUGAAAUGUUAAAUUGGAUGAAAAGUUAUGGAGAGAAACACAGUGUUAAGUUACUAAUCAUUAUAAGAAUGGACUCGGAAAGAGAAAAAGCAGCCCUCAUUCAGCCGUUAUCUAGAGUAGAAGCAGGUUUAAAAGCUGUGGAUUUGAAUUCUGAGAAAAAAGGAACUCUUUUAGCUUGUAAAGAUAUCAUAAGCAACCUUAGUAGAUAUUCCUGCAUUGUUGUACAUAAUCAGCAAAUUGGAGCUGACUUCCCUUGGACACACUUCUCAUUAGUAAUGGAAUAUGAUUAUUCUGAAGAUUCUUGCUGGAAAAAUCUGUGCAAAAAUCUGAAUGUUGCUUACAUGACUUUUAAAACUACCUUCCCCGAAACAAUACAAAUGGGCAAUCACAGUGAUUCUUUUCUUCUGGAAGUACAGAUUCCAUAUGUGUUUCUGACAACUGAAGGGCUUCUUAAUAUGCCAGAUAUUCUUCAGCUUUUUGAAUCCAAGUACAGCAUUACCUUUGUUGAAAGAACCAGUAGUUACUCCUUAAGGCUCUUUGGAAGUAUAGAUCGAUAUGUGGUGUUGACAAUAGACGAAUGUACUGCUAUCUUUUUGCAGAGUGUGGAAGAACUUAAUUAUGAGAAUUCCUGUGACACUUUAAUAUCGAGGCUGAUGGCAUUAUCACUCCAAUACACAUGCUGUUGGAUUGUUUUCUAUUCCAGAGAGAGAUUGAAUUUAGAGUACAGUCUCAAGGGAGAUACUCUGCUUAACCUUGUCUUACUUUAUGCCACUCUAAUUGAGCUUACACAGAAGUCAGAAGAGUUUGAAGUGAAGGUAGUUCUUAUGCCGGGGAUUGAAGAGGCAGCACUGGUAAUUCGUCAGAUUGCUGACAGCAUUUUGAUAGCGUCUAAUAUCAGUCCUCAUGAGUGGCUGGACAAAUCCUGGCUUUCUGUCUUGCCGUCUGAGACAGAGAAAUGCCUGCUUACUUUUCCAUGUAUCAACCCUCUGGUUGCUCAGUUCAUGUUAAAGAAAGGAUCUUCAUUGAACAGGUUGUUUCUUGCAAGCUGUGAUCAACUGCAGGAACUUCUGCCAGAGGUUCCAAAAAAAGUUUUAAAGCAUUUUAGUGACAUGAUAUCUUCAUACAACCUAAAUGCUGGUCCACUAGAAAAAACAGUGCAAGGUGCAUCACAACCAGAAAACCAGAAUGACCUCAACACAAUCUGUCCUGAUUAUAAACAAAAUCAGGCUUUAGAGCUGCUUGAUAAGGCCCUUAACAGCACAGGAACAUCUCAUAUGGAUUCUGAAGCAUUAAUUCCUCCAUUGAAUCAUAAGAGUUUUUUUAAGUCUGAUCUUCCAAGCUGUAUGCAAAAGAAUGCAUGUUCUUCAGACGUAAUUACAAGGAGGAAGCAGAAUUUCUUUGCUGUAUCAAAGGACUGUGAAGAUUUUGCCCAUCUAGAUGUUACAAGUUCUCUUCAUGUUCAAAGACAGCCAUUCAGGAUACAGGAUGGCUCUGAUCCUUCUUCUAAAGACUCUGAAAAAGAGGAUUUCUUUGCAACUUUCAAUGUCUGUGAACCUCAGGAAAGCUCUAAGAGUUUUCUAGAAGAAUUUAGAGAUACAUUUAAAAUCCCUGAAAUUCAGAUUGACCAGGCCCCAUGGAAUGACUCUUCAUCCACAGGCCCGUGUAAUUCAUUUGCAUGUGAUAGUUUCCUUUCUGACUUCUUUGUUGACACGGAUGAGCUUCAAAAUCUGAAUUUUAACCAACUAGGUAGAGAAUCGAAAGGAAAGAGAAAAAAAAGGCCUCCAUUCUUAUGGACAAAAGAAAAAAAUAAAACAGAUUCAGGAUUUCCAGAAAUACCAGAGUUCAAAAAGAGGAGACUGACAUAUGAAAGAGUUCCUGGAAGAAAUGACGGACAAACACGUCUUAAAUUCUUUUGAAUGGAAUGGGGAUUUGCAUAUUACAUUUAUUUUUUUAAAUUCCUGAAGUCUUUGAAGGGAAAUAGAUUAAUUUUUAUUGUUGUUAAUUUUUAGAAAGAAAUUAGGGUUUGGGAAUCCUUACUAGUUCAGGAUUCUUUUGUAUGUUUUUAAAGUGUUACUAAACAAACCAGUUCCUUGAAGCUUGAGAAUUACUGCUUCUUUGUUUGUUCUCAUGGGUGCUUUAAAGGUACUUUUAUCACUCUUCAUAUAAAAAAUGAAUGG